CGGGUGGUUUCCCCCUAUAAGAAAGCUGGCUGAGUGAAUUGGGUGUAGCUGUGUCUGUGUGCGCCUUGGCCAAUGGAACCAGAUCCUCCCUGCAGUGCGUAAGAGCGCGAUUUAGGAUUUAACCAAGUCUUUGCUGCGGGGCUGGCUGCAGUCUUCACCAGAGCCCGACGGCCCGAGAGCCUUUUAACAAUGCCAGUGUAGUUUCCACACCACUUUGGAGUCAAGAUUGCCUUUUUUUUGCUAUAAUUAAAUAUAAAACAAAACCCGCGUGUUCCUUCUCGAAGUAUGACUGGAGUAUUCGACCGGAGGAUCUCGAGUGUGAAACCUGCAGAUUUCCAGAGCUCCUUCCAACUCUCCACCAUGCAUCAUCCGUCUCAGGAAUCUCCUACUUUACCCGAGUCCACCGCCACGGAUUCUGGCUAUUACAGUCCGGCCGCUGGAGUCACUCACGGCUACUGCUCGCCCAGCUCCACCUCGUACGGGAAGCCGCUCAAUGCCUACCAGUACCAGUACCCAGGUGUAAAUGGAUCCGCUGGAAAUUACUCGACAAAAUCCUACACUGAUUACAGCUCGUACACGACCCCCGCCUACCACCAGUACGCUGGGACUUACAGCAGAGUGCAAGCCCAGCCGAGUCCACAAGAAAAAGAGAUAAGCGAGCCUGAGGUGAGGAUGGUGAACGGCAAGCCGAAGAAAGUGCGGAAACCCCGGACGAUCUACUCGAGCUUCCAGCUGGCCGCCCUGCAGAGGCGGUUUCAGAACACACAGUACCUGGCGCUGCCGGAGAGAGCCGAGCUGGCUGCCUCGUUGGGGCUCACGCAAACACAGGUCAAAAUCUGGUUCCAGAACAGGAGAUCAAAAUUGAAGAAGAUCAUGAAAAACGGCGAGCUUCCACCGGAGCACAGCCCCAGCUCCAGCGACCCCAUGGCGUGCAACUCUCCACAGUCCCCGGCCGUUUGGGACACACAGGGCCCCUCCAGGCCGCACAGCCUACAGCCUCAGAGCAUCAACACGACGGCUUCUAACUUUUUGGAAACCUCGGGGUCAUGGUACACCUCAGCCGGCAGCUCCAUGGCUUCCCACCUGCAGACCCCUAACUCGAUACAGCACUCGUUGGCUCUUGGAGCGGGGACGUUAUAUUGAAAAAACCCUGUUGUUCAUUUCAAAUCCCUUUUUUUUUUUCCUUCUAUGGGACUCGUGUUCAAAUUUCAGAGGAAUAUGCAAUGUAUUUGAUGACAGUCAUAGAAGAAACGUGUAAAAUGUGUAAAUGUGUGCAUGUAAUUUAUUGCAUUUUGGAAGACUAUUAAACGUUUAAAUGGACAAUGGAACUUUGACACCUCCGGCCUCACUGCAGUCUCUUGUUAUUUUAACCCUCAGUUAUUUACACGGAAAAUCACGACAAAGACUCACACACAUAAAUAAUGUUUGUGAGCCUCAGGUGACAUUUCCCCCACCAGGUUGUAAAUCACAGCUGCUCAGUAUUGAGAUGAACCUAGAAAAUGUCGUAGCUUUCAUUCGCCGUGACGCCCUCCAUCCCUAUUUAUUCUGUGAUUUUAAUUUUUUAUUUUUUAUUAAAGACAUUACGCAGACAAACUGUCUUGGAGAUGGGGAUGGAAAAUGUCUGUCUUUUUUUGUGAGAAAUGUGCCUUUAUUUUCCUUUGUGGUCAGGCUCAGCUUAGUCUGCAUUUGCGAUAAAAGAAUUGAAGUGAGAAUUUGUGACUUUAUUAAACAGACAUUAAGCAAAUAAUGUGUUAUUGUAAAUACAUUUCUGAGAAAACAUGGCUACCAUCGACCACGGUAAGCCUUAACCUACCACAAUAAUUACACUUGCCUUAAUUGAAUACCGGUAUUUCUUGAACUGGAUUGAUUUGUUCUAUAAUAUUACUGAUGACAUUUCUGCAGAAUUCAUUCAAUCAUUAUAAUACUCUUAUAAUAUUUUAUAGAGACUAAUAUCUUGUUUGUGGGAGUCAUAGUGGCCUAUUUCCCCUUAUAGUAUUUUUUAAAACACUCGGAGUUAUGGUGAUAUCACAAGCUUUGUACCCUGAUAUUGUUAUAAUAAUCCAUAUUUUUAAAAUAACCCAAAUUGUUUCAAAUCCAUGGUAUAUCCCCCUCCUAUUUAAUAUUAUAAAAUCCUUGGAUAACCCUUAUUAUUUUAAUUAUUAUUAUUGUUAUUAUUAUUAUAUUCGCCGUUGCCUCUGAUCACGAAUGAUCAGCUUUUUUUUUUAUCAUUCACAUUGUGUUUUAGUGGAGAAGCUGAUUGAGCCUCUCAGUCGGUUCCAGCUCGUCUGUAAAGAAAAUGCCUGCUCGUCGCAGCAGACAGUCUGCAGUCGCUCUCGCUUUGUGUCCCCUACAAUUAGCCGCUUUGAAUGGCAGAGAGGAGGCGAGGGGGGCGGCACGGAGAUCUGAGACAAUCCGCAUUCCUGUGGGGGUAGACCGGCUCCAGAGCUCUGCCACUCCCGGCCGCAGCCCACCUUCCGGGUAAAAUAAAAAAAAAAAAAAAAGGAAGAAAAGAAAAAGAAAAGAAAAAUCCUCCACAAUUUCACCAUGUUAUUAGCAGGCAGUAAUACCAGCGCUGCCGCUGCGAAACCGCCGAACAAACCGCGCCACUGUGAGAAACACUGGGGAUUUGAAAAUGGAUCUAAUUGAAUUUACCCGGCCAUAUGCAGCAAGAUCAUAUAACCACUGGUCUCCAUCUCUCCUCCAUCCAGUCCCCCUUCUCUCCUCUCCAUAUUCCUCUUCAUACCCACUCUACCCCUCUCUUCCUCUCCCCUCAACCUCGCUCCCUCUCCCUAACCCCACGCCUCUCUCCCCCCUUUUCCUUCACUCACCCAACCCCCCCACCAUAGGUACGCCUCCAUCCCCUCUUGGCAGCUCCAUCUCCUCCUCGCCUCCCCCCUGUCUCUCCUCCCUCUCCCUAGUUGGUUUCCACAGCUGUGGUGAGUGAGGGGCAGAUGACCGGAGAAUUGGCCCCUGGGAGAGCGCUGAGCCAUCCUGGUGCUAUUAGGCUCGUGGCUAAUAAUAGGUGUUUCAGACCAGGGGAAGAUCAAUCAGGGGGAAUCAUGGGGAAUGUUCGGAGCAGCGCUUUUUACACAUCGGCCCAGAUGGAUGAAAUUACACUUGUCAGUUUUUAGUUGCAUUACUCCCAAAUUGGUUGUCUACUCUUUUUUUCUCUCUCCCUCCCUCCCUCGCUUUCUCUCUCUCCUCUCUUCUUUCUCUCUCUUUGCCCUCCUUCAUGUGUCAGUGGCCUGCUAAAGGGAUUCAAUGGUGAAAUCCCUGUCAUUUUUGUCUUUUCCCUGUUUAGCCCUCAGCCAGCAGCUCUGUUGCCUGCAUAUGCACUUAGGAGAAAUCAGUUUAAGAUGUUGUCUUAUGGCUUGGGCAAUUUCCAUGUUUAAGGCAAUUGUGCAGCUGACAUCCUGUAUGUGGUCUGCAUGUAGAAUAAAAUGCUUUCAUUGACACAAAAGGUACAGUGAAAAACAAGUCAGUCAACAGAAAAUGGCAUCGGCAACGAUUUUGAUAAUCAGUACAUUAUUUCAGAGAUUUUUCAAACCAAAAUGCAAAAUUUUGUUACAGCUUUUUCAACGUGUGCAUUUCCUGCUUUUGUCUGUUUAAUUUCGUUGUAAACUGAAUAUUCUGAUGUUUCUAUAUUGUUGGUCGGACAAAACAAGACAUUUGAAAGUGUAACCUUGGGCUCUGGGUAACUGUGAGGGUUAUAUAUUAACUAUUUUAUACAGUUCAUAGAUUAAAGGAUUAAUCUAGAAAAUAAUCUGACAUAGCCCUCGUUCUGUGAGUGUGAAAUAAAUGGCUUUACACAAAUUGAUAAAUUUGUCAAUUGCAAUAAUUUUAUUGUAACUGCAUAAACAUCUUGUCUUGUAAUUGACUAAUUGUAAUUACAUCUGCCAGGGGCAAAUGAAUCUUUCAGGCUGUAUUUCACUGAACAGAAUAAAGUUCCCUGCACAAUG